UUAUAUUUUAUAAGCUAAGCAGAAGUGGAGAUAUGCAGAGGAAGAGCAGCAGCAGCCGGAAAGAGAGCAAAGUGAGACGGUUGAUUAAAGCCCCGAUUAGGGUUCUGUCGAGAGCGAGGGAUUUGUACGUCCAAAGCCUUUUAGGUUGCACCGGAGAAGCUCAUUUAUCAGUGGGGUGGCCUGCAGCACCACAAGUACUCACAAAUUUGCCAAAAAGCUUCAGUGUCAACUCAUCAUUCUCAAACAAUGAUGAAGUUCUCUAUGCCACGAAUAUUAGGAGCCUCGCCGGAAGUAUCAAAGGGGACGACUCUCUCAGGAGGAGGAGACACCAGCCGGAACCAAAUGUAGUGGGCCGGAGUCCGACUGUUACCAUUGGAAGGAUUGAUGAAGACAAGCCCUGUGAAUUCGGAGAACAUGUUGCUGUGAAGACCGACUUUUAUCCAGAAUUCAGAAGCUAUUCAGUGUCAAGAAGUCCGAUUUUGUAAGCAUCAACAUGAGAAGCUUGUUUGGGAAAAAUUAUAAUGAGAUUAUAAUGGAGGUGAGUAGUGAUUCCCAAUGUAUAAAGAAGUAGCAGUUAAGAAUUUGUGAUUGAAAUUAGUAUUUGACUUUGUUUUAUAUUGUAAGGUGAUUAUAAUGA